GGGUGAAUUCCUCGGCGCCUCCUUAAGGCUUGGCCCAGCCUGCGGCACCUCCCCCCCCUCCUUCCCCGGCAAUUCGCCACAGUCUCUUAGUUCGAAGUUUGAGGCCGGCGGGUUCUCCUUGAGUUAAGGAACUGUUCGUGGCGGCUGCACUAAGGUGCAGGUCCCGCUAGUUCUCCGCCCCCCGGCCCGGCGACACACACCAUGGCUUCGGCCGAGUUGGCGCAGAAGCUGCAGCGGCGAUUGUUGCGGGACGGGAGUUGUUCGGAGCCCACUCUCGACAAGGAGGAAAGUGAUGAGGGGGUUACUCAGGAAGGCGCGGCGGCGGGCUCUCAGACUAGCCCUGAGCACGCUGAGGAGGAAGACCGGAACGUACUCAGCGCUGCGGCUGACCCGGAGCUGAGCGCCAAGUUGAGCCGCCGGCAGGACAUCAAUGCGGGCGCGGCUCGGCCCCGCUUCGCCCAAAUCUUCAAUCCCUACACCGAGUUUAAGGAGUUCACCCGCCGGCAGAUCAAGGACAUGGAGCGCCUGUUUCGACUAUAUGACUCAGGGAAGGAUGGUUACAUUGACCUUAUGGAGUUGAAGCUAAUGAUGGAGAAGCUUGGUGCCCCUCAGACUCAUUUGGGCUUGAAGAACAUGAUCAAGGAAGUAGAUGAAGAUUUUGAUGGCAAACUCAGUUUCCGUGAGUUCCUGCUCAUUUUUCACAAAGCUGCAGCUGGAGAGCUUGAAGAAGACAGUGGCUUGAUGGCUUUGGCUAAACUCUCAGAGAUUGAUGUUGCCCUUGAGGGGGUAAAAGGAGCCAAGAACUUCUUUGAAGCGAAGGUUCAAGCAUUGUCUUCAGCCAGUAAGUUUGAAGCAGAGAUCAAAGCAGAACAGGAUGAACGAAAACGUGAGGAAGAGGAGAGGAAGCACCGCAGAGCAGCUUUCCGAGAGCUCAAGUCGGCAUUCAGUCAAUAACUGAGGCAGCUCAUCUGCCACCUAAGACUGGUGUACAUUCUUACAAGCUGUGCUGUAGAUUGGACACCCACCUCAAGAGGAACCGUAACAGAGUUGAAGCUCUUUUUAAAAAUGUACAUCUGAAACUGGUUGCAGAAAUGUAACAUUUACAUCAUGCCAAAAAUGGUUCAAGUGACCUUUACUGCAGUGGGCAUGGCCUUGAAGAAUUAAAAUAUUCUAAUGCUGGUCUGAGGCAGAAGAUUGGAGCAACUAAUAAGAAACAUUGGUACUGAAUAAGUACAUUUUGGAUAGGUAGAAAAUCACAGCUUACUUCCUCUUUUUAUUCUGAAUGUCCCUGCCUCAUAGUUAUAUCAUUUUGUUACACUCCCUUUCUGUAUAUCUUUCAGCUCAUCAUUAAUUUCCCCAAACCAUUUAUUGCUUCCAGGGGAGCAGGUGCUUCUUUUACAUAUAAAGUGUUUAUUUGUGUGCUAAUUUCCAUCCAUGUGCUCCCUGUCCUAGCAAGCAGGCUUCUGGGGCAGUCCCAUUAGUGGGGGUAGGGGAGGAGUGCCUUUUUUAUAUAAUUCGACUUUGAAACAAUGCCAUUCUAGGGUACAAGCAGCUGCUGCCACCUUUUCACCUGCGAGCAUAAAGGCUCUACUCUAAGCAAAAAAAACAAGUCUCAAUAGAUUUUCUGACUCUGUCUCUCUGGUUGCAUUCCAUUGCACCUUUGGUGUUGGGUCCAUAGUCUCUUUUUAGAGUUAGGAGGGAAUAACAAAUCUGACAGUAAAGUGGGUAAUAUAGUUGGUGAUGCUUCAGUUGUCCACCUCUGGAAAUCUUCUACCCUCUUGUGGUCAUGUGUGAGAAUGCAACUACUUCUUUGGAGUUAUUACCUAAUUGAAAUUGCCAGUUCUGUUUGGCAGUAUUUCUGCUUUGAAAGGGAAAUAGAGUUUAGGUUCCAAAACAAGGAAGUGGCAUGUUAAUACUGUCCACCCAGCUUGUUCUAUAUUCAGAACAGACACAUGUAUAUAUGUCUGCAUAUAUACAGGAGGGGGGAUGUCAAGUUCUUUUUUCAAGUUUGUUCUCAGACCAUGUAACAGACACCACAUUCUUGUUUUUAUUUUCACUAGAGUUUUUAGCUUCUUACACUGUGACACUAAGCUGUGAGUGUGGAAUAGCAAAAAGGGAGUCCAUCUUACAUUAAACAAUAAAACUGCUAAACAAUUAAAACUUUAUUUGCAAGUUCACAGAUUAUAUUUGAUAAAAAUCACACUUUUUAGCAAAAAGUAUUUAUAAUAAAUGUUUUAUACAUUACAAAGUUUGAAUUUUUUUUCUCUUCUGUUUCUUAGUUAUACAAAUAAAACAUUUCUAACUUGCCAAA